AUGGCUCUCGUCGAUGCUCAUUAUAAUUUUAUUGUGGUAGAUGUUGGUGCGUAUGGUAGAAAUAGUGAUGGAGGUAUUCUAAUGAACUCAAAACUAGGAAAAAGCUUGGAUAGUAAUGAACUGAAUGUACCUUCAAAUACUGAACUUCCUGGAACUAAAAAUGUGGCACCAUUUGUAAUUUUAGGAGACGAGGCAUUCCCUUUAAAAACAUAUCUAAUGAGACCCUACCCUGUAAAACAACUCGAUGAUAGUUCAAAAAGAGUAUAUAACUAUCGUCAUUGUAGAGGAAGGAGAGUUGUUGAAAAUACGUUUGGUAUUUUGUCACAAAAAUUUAGGAUAUUCAACAGAAGAAUCCAAGCAAAACCUGAAAAUGCUGACAACAUAAUUUUUACUACUUGUGUUUUGCAUAAUUUCAUUAAAAUGAAUGAAAAUAGGGCAACAUACAAUAGAGAAGAACAUAUCAAUCCAACAGUAGAUUUAACAUUACAAAAUAUUCCAACACAGGGUGAAAAUGCAAGUCAACCAGCCUUUCAGGUGAGAGAACUUUUCAAAGAAUUUUUCAAUUCUACAGCUGGAUCAGUUUCAUGGCAAGAUGAUGUCGUAUAA